AUGGAGUCAGACAUCUCACAGGCCUUCCAGGAAGUGCUUACCUGCCCCAUCUGCUUGGGCUGCCUUACAGACCCAGUUACCACAAGCUGUGGCCACAGCUUCUGUCGGGCCUGCCUCUGCUUUUCCUGGGAAGACCUGCAAGUUCCUGUCCACUGUCCCAUGUGUAAGAAUCCAUCCCAGAAGAAGGACUUCAGAACCAACGUUGUUCUGAAGAAGCUGGUGCACAUUGCCAGACAGGACAGCCUCAUGAAGUACCUGAGCUCUGAGGAGAAUAAGUGUGUGAUCCACAAGGAGGCAAAGAGGAUCUUCUGUGAGGAGAACAGGGUCCUCCUUUGUCAAUUGUGCUCUGACUCCCAGGAGCACAAGGGUCACAGACACUGUCCUGUUGAAGCAGCUUCUGAGGGGCAAAUGGAGAAACUUCUAAAGCAAAUGGCAUCUUUAUGGGAGAAGAUCCAAGAAAAUCAAGAGAAUCUAGAAGCCGAGAAGAGAAUGCCAACACAGUGGUCGGACUAUGUGACUCUUCGGAAAGAAAUGAUCAGGACGGAGUAUAGGAAAGGACGUCCAGUCCUCCAUGAAGAAGAACAGCAACAUAUAGAGUGUAUGGAAAAUGAAGGCCAAGCUCUCUUAGAGAAACUCAGAAAAAGCAAAGCCUUGAUGGUGCACAAAAGGAAUCAACUAAGAGAAAUGUAUCGGGAGCUGAUGACAACGUCCCAGCAGCCAUAUGUGGUGCUGCUCCAGGACUUGGAAGACAUGUUCAGAAGGAGUGAGUCAGUGCAGCUGUUCAUGCCCCAGGUGAUGAAACCAGAGCUCAGUGUCCUGCCCAUCACUGGACUGAUUGAGAGGUGCAAGUGCUUCCUAGUGAACAUAUUCUUUGGAAAUGCAAUCUUACUCCAUGACAAGAUGAACCUAUUUGAUGUCCUGAAAAGAUUCAGCUUUAGCCCUCACCAUCAGGAGACAUCUGUGGAAUCAGCUGGACACUAUUUUGCUUCCUGUGGAUCACAGAGCUUCUUCUCUAGGAAAUAUUACUGGGAGAUGGAUUUAACGGACUAUCCGGAAUGGGCUAUAGGAGUCUGUGAGGAUGACUAUUUAACAAAUACAAGGCAGCAGACUGAACCUGAGGGUGCAUUUCUCCUUGUGUGUGUGAAGAAGGGUAAUCAGUACAGUCUCCUCACCACCUGUCCAGUAAUUCAUCACUAUAUAGAGAAGCCAGUGGGCCGGGUUGGUGUGUUCCUUGAUUGUGAGGGUGGAUGUGUGAGUUUCCUGGAUGUAGCCAAGAGUUCCCUCAUAUACAGUUACCCACCUGGCACUUUCAAUUACCCUGUCAGACCUUUCUUCUCUCUUGGCGGCAUUUUGAUAGAAAGCAUAAUCCAGAAAGUGGAGUCAGGCAUCUCACAGGCUUUCCUGGAAGAGCUCACCUGCCCCAUCUGCUUGGGCUGCCUAUCAGACCUAAUCACCAUAAGCUGUGGACACAGCUCCUGUUGGGCCUGCCUCUGCUUUUUCUGGGAAGACCAGCAAGUUCCUGUCCACUGUCCCACGUGUAGGCAUCCAUCCAGGCAGAAGGACUUCAGAACCAAUGUUGUUCUGAAGAAGCUGGUGUCCAUUGCCAGACAGGACAGCCUCAUGAAGUACCUGAGCUCUGAGGAGCACAAGUGUGUGACCCACAAGGAGGCAAAGAGGAUCUUUUGUGAGGAAAACAGGGUCCUCCUCUGUCAACUGUGCUCUGACUCUCAGGAGCACAAGGGUCACAGGCACUGUCCCACUGAAGCAGCUGCUGAGGGGCAAAUGGACUAUGUGACUCUUCAGAAAGAAAUGAUCAGGAUAGAAUAUAGGAAACUACAUCCAAUUCAUUAUGAAGAAGAAAAGCAGCAUAUAGAGUAUAUGGAAAAUGAAGGCCAGACUAUGUUAGAGAAACUGAGGAAAAGUGAAGCCUUGAUGGUCCAAAAGAGGAGUCAACUAAUAGCAAUGUAUCGGGAGCUGAUGACAAUAUUCCAGCAGCCAUAUGUGGUGCUGCUCCAGGGGAGCAUGGAGGAGUGCAUGAAAGGGCUUUGUUAUCUGAGGCCCCCACUCUGA